AUAAAACAUUACAUUUUCAGCCCGUCACAAGUUAGCAACGGCCGACUCCUAACGUAAUAGCUCGCGCGCUCCGGAGCCGAACCGUUGGUUAGCAGAUGAUGUGAAGACGGGGAGAUUCGUACACAGGGCGAGUGAACUUGAAGAGGUUUUUUUUUCUUUACGAUGAGAGCAGCAUCGAAGCAACCGGGCGAUCUCGUUGCUGACGUUAAAGAUGUCCGGUGCGCAGCCCUUCUGUCCCUCCGCCUCUUCGUGUAACGUUAAACCGGAGCGCUGCGUCCUCCGCGGCCAACAGAUGCAGACAGACACAUCAGCGCGAGGAACUGUGCACGGAAGCUAGCGGGGAGUACCGGGAGCGCGCCUGUCCGGGGUUAACGGGUGCAUUCGGUGUGAAACGCGGCCCCCGUGUGUGUGUGCGUACCUGACCUACUAAUGGUGAUCGUCUCUACUCGCUAAGACACGUGUCUGUGACCGGCUGCCCGCCCUGCGCACAGCCCCGCCGGGAUUAGACCCGUUUUUAAAAGGCUGUCCGGUAAAGGCCGCCUGAGGUCGCUCCCAAUAUUAAUUGUCAUAAAGCUGUCCGCUCGUCAAGGUAACAGAAACUACGAUCACCGCACUUCCACAGUGGACUUUUAAAAUAAAAGCCAAGAGAGGGUAAGGCCAGAAAGAAAGAGAGACCUUCACCCCACCGACAGAUUGAAUGAAGCUGCACCUGGAGUUUCUGAGGACCCUCUCCAUGUUCUGAUCUGCUCGGUGUUUCUUCUUAAGAAAGUUGGUGUCACAGAGCCGCUUCCUGCCAUGCCGUCCAACAGUCCUGCCGCCGCCGAGCCGCCUCAGACUCCAGAGAAUGACACUUCCAACGACUUGAGUGAAGACAGAGCAGAUCAGGACAGUCCGGAGGAAGGAACGCCAGCGAGUCCGCACAACAAGCGCAGAGUCGGCCGGCCCAGCAGGAAACGCAAGCAGCUGCUUCCUGAGAUGGCGACCUCUGACCCCUGUGCAAAUGCCCCCCCCACUCCGCCAGAGGAGCCAGAGCCAAACCCUUCCUCACAGAAGAAACGAAGGCGCCGAAAACUAGACCAAUCUGAAAGGAAUAAAGACGAACCAGAUGAGAGAAACUGUGACUCCCCGAGAGAGGGAGAGACAGGGAGGCUCCGGAGGAGGCCGGUACCCAGAGUGACUUUCCAGGCUGGGGAUCCGUACUACAUCAGCAGGAGGCAGAAAGAAGAAUGGCUCAGCCGCUGGAAGAUGGAGGCAGAGCAGCGGGCAUACAGAGAGGCGGAGAUUAACAUGAUGGAUGACCUAUUAGAGUCCGGCUUUCAAAAAGAGGAGGAGCCAGCCAGCCCGACCCCGCCCCCUUCACAACAACACACAGAUCCGGCCUCUCCAACGGUUGCUGUGACUCCGGAUCCCGUUGCUAGGGGAGACCAGGCUAUACCCAGCGAGAUUGAGUACCAGGACGGGCGAGGUUUUGGCAUUGGAACGUUAGUGUUUGGGAAGCUGCGAGGUUUCUCCUGGUGGCCCGGCCGGAUCGUUUCCUGGUGGAUGAGCGGUCGGAGUCGAGCUGCAGAUGGGACUCGCUGGGUCAUGUGGUUCGGUGAUGGAAAAUUCUCCGUUGUUUGUGUGGAGAAGCUGAUGCCUCUGAGCUCCUUCUCAUCGGCUUUCCACCAGCCAACAUACAACAAGCAGUCCAUGUACCGAAAGGCCAUUUUUGAGGUUCUGCAGGUUGCAAGUGUGCGAGCGGGGAGACCAGUUUCCUCCUGUGAUGCGAGCGACGAGGCUGAAGGCGUGGAACUUCAGACCAGACAGAUGAUUGAGUGGGCCAUGACCGGCUUCCUGCCCAAUGGGCCACAGUCGCUGGAUCCUCCAGAAGAGGAGCAAAAUCAGUUUAAGGAAGGAUACCUAGAGAUGAUGCCAGAGCCGGAGGCAGCGUAUACACCACCACCUGCAAAGAAACCACGCAAAAACUCAGCAGAGAAAGCAAAAAUCAGAGAGGUGAUUGACGAAGGGACCAGAGAGAGACUCAUACAGGAAAUCAAAAAGAAAACAAGGAAUAUAGAUGAUAUCUGCAUCUCUUGCGGAAGCCUCAAUUUCUCUCUGGAGCAUCCUCUCUUCCUGGGAGCAAUGUGCCAGGGCUGCAAAAACUCGUUCCUCGAAUGCGCCUACCAGUAUGACGACGACGGCUACCAGUCCUACUGCACCAUCUGCUGUGGAGGGAGGGAAGUGCUCAUGUGCGGAAACAACAACUGCUGCAGGUGUUUCUGUGUGGAAUGUGUAGAUCUUCUGGUCGGCACCGGCUCAGCGGCAGCAGCAAUCAAAGAGGACCCUUGGAACUGCUACAUGUGCGGACCCAAGAGUAUGUACGGGUUACUACGGCGACGGGACGACUGGCCCAUCAGGCUACAGCACUUCUUCGCCAACAAUCAUGAGCAGGAGUUUGAACCUGCCAAAUUGUACCCUCCAGUUGCAGCAGAGAAGAGGAAACCAAUCAGAGUCCUCUCCCUGUUUGACGGCAUUGCCACAGGCCUGCUGGUGCUGAAAGAUUUAGGCAUCCAGGUGGACAAGUACGUCGCAUCGGAAGUGUGUGAAGACUCCAUCACUGUCGGAAUGGUUCGGCACCAGGGACGCAUCAUGUACGUUGGGGAUGUACGCAAUGUAACCCGCAAGCAUAUCGAAGAGUGGGGACCGUUUGACCUCGUAAUCGGAGGAAGUCCUUGUAACGACCUCUCCAUAGUCAAUCCUGCGAGGAAAGGCCUUUUUGAGGGCACUGGGCGGCUGUUUUUCGAGUUUUACCGUCUGCUCCACGAGGCGCGGCCCAAACCGGGUGACGAGCGGCCGUUCUUCUGGCUCUUUGAGAACGUGGUCGCCAUGGGAGUCAGCGACAAACGUGACAUCUCACGCUUUUUAGAGUGUAACCCGGUGAUGAUCGACGCCAAGGAAGUCUCUGCUGCCCACCGUGCUCGCUAUUUCUGGGGAAACCUGCCCGGCAUGUCCAGUAGACCUCUGACGCCGAUGGCAAACGACAAACUGGACCUUCAAGAGUGCCUGGAGCACGGCCGCACAGCUAAGUUUGAGAAGUUGCGUACCAUAACGACACGCUCCAACUCAGUGAAGCAGGGGAAAGACGAGCAUUUCCCCGUCUUCAUGGACAACAAGGAGGACAUCCUCUGGUGCACAGAAAUGGAAAGCGGUGAGGAUGGAGAGAAAGAAGAGAAGAAGAAAGAGACAGAAUCAGGACAGACAGGGGAAGGCAGCAGGGUGUUCGGUUUUCCCGUCCACUACACCGACGUGUCCAACAUGAGUCGUCUGGCGAGGCAAAGGCUGCUGGGUCGUUCCUGGAGCGUCCCCGUCAUCCGGCACCUCUUCGCCCCGCUCAAGGAGUACUUCGCCUGCAAUUAAUUACAAACCGACUCUCUCUCUCUCUUACACACACAAAGAGACACACAUGCUGGUAACUACAAACAGAAUACAGUUAGUACAUGAAGGUUGGCUGAUGCAGAAUGACAGACUGGACAAACACACAUAAAUCCUCACAAGUAAUGUCAAAGGACUGCUCCCCCAGAUCCUGUGUAGACCACUGGCUGACCUUAGUUCCCUGGUGCUACCCUGCUGAUUUAUACACACAAACACACAGCUGCAGGGUUUCUGUACUGUAACUCAUAUACAUAUACUUCCUGUCCAACCUUGAAACUGAUGUCUUCUGGCUUUACUGUGCCGCAAUAGCUGGGGUUAACCUCCAGGGGGCGCAAAAGUAACAAAGAUGCCCCAGCUUUAAGUUUUUAAUAUCUCUUAAUGCAUAAACACACCAAUGACUCCUUCUGCUGUAAUAUUUAACUGUAUUAACGCUUAGUAACAGUGGAAUGAACACAAAUACAUUAAAAAAACACACACAACAGUUAAUCCUCGUGGUGCUAGUCUGGUGGUGAUGGAGUCCAAACGGUGCCACUUAAACUCAACACUUCUACAGUUUUUGGUGCUCUUGGAGGCUCAACAGUCUCUGUUUUUUAGUUGUUGUUGUUGUUUUAGUCACUGAAUUGUUUUUAUUUCCCUGAGUUAAACUAAACAUGUUCAUUUAGCAAAAAAAAAAACAAAAAAAAGGUGUGAACUGUAAACAUUGGGACCAUACAUAGUGACUUUGUGUAUGAAAAAAGUGAGAAUAAAAUUUCUUUGAGGCAGAGCUUCUCUGAUUCUACAAAAACAUCUCCUUGGGUUAAUUUAUACCAGAAAAAUUUGUUUUAUGGUCUUCUGUUAGAGGACCAUAAAGCAAAUUAACAUCUUCCUAAAAUUCAAAACAUUAGGUAGAAGAUAAACUGUUCGUUCAUGCACACACUCAAAGAACUAAACUUGAUCUUUUUCAUGUUUUUGUAUUGCUAAUAAAAUAAGUAGAUACUGCGGAACUGCCUGCGAUGGAGUCAGGGCCAGGGUGAAGAAUAAAUAAAUAAAAUAAAAUAUUGAGAAUAAAGUCAUAAACUCAUGAGAAUAAAGUUGUAAUAUGAAAAGAUUUGGUCUUUUAAGCGUCUUGCAAAAUUACAAGACAUUUUUUGUUUUAAAAGUAAGGAGAUACUUAUACAACGUUAUUCUGGUAAUUUUAUGACUUUAUUUAUGUAUUACUUUGAUUUUCUUCUGGUGAUAUUACUCCUUUUAAAAUUUUAAGACUUUACUCUGGUAAUUUUACAUUAUUCUGGUAAUUUUAUCACUUUAUUCUUGUAAUAUUCUGACUUUGUUCUUAUUUUGCUGCAACUUUAUUCUGGUCAUUUUAUUUUUUAUUUUAUUUUUAUUAGCCUGGCCCUGUACUUUGUCGUAAUCACCAGAAUAAUGGAUAGAUUAUUGUUACUAAAAUAAUCAUUGGUGCAUUGCUAACUGGCCCAUAGUUUUGCAGUGAACAGUUCUGUUAGCAAGUAUGUUUGUGUAAUUCUCCAACCAGCGCCAUUAAAUGAGGUUUAAAGUCAUCAAUUUCUCCUUUCAGAACAGCUCUGCCUCCAAGAGAUUUUAAACUGAAACAGUAAAGGACUUUAGGAUUCAGUAUUGUUACUGCAGCAGCGUUUAGAUUACCCUCCUGUUAUGGUGCAGCUUCUCUCGUGCCUCAACUCCAGUCAUUGCUCAUUUUUCUUUCUGUCUGGUCAUCGAGUUAUCCAGGAGUUGUGCUCACAGAGAUCCACUUUGUGCUUUAGUUACGACACAGCAGCAUCCACGGAAAUCAGAGCCCGACUUUUACUCUAGACACUAUGCUGGUUUUCUACUUCCUGUGACUGAAACGGAUAACCCUGUGUAAAUAAAACACCUCUGUUGGGUGUUUAUUCUUCCUUAUAUUCGAAACACAAUGGAAUAAUCCCAGUUUCUUUCUGUUUUAACUGAGAUUAACAGAUCCGUGAAUUGAUGGGUGGAUUAUUUACACAGGGGUGUCUUUGGAGAAAACCUUUCAGUCUGGUGCUUGCGGUCGGCAGUCGACCCUCUUUUCCAGGAAGCCUUCCAGUCUGCUGAACCUUGUUCAGAUACCAGCUAACAACUGAACUCAUGCAGUCUUUUCGCGGACGCACACAUACACAAACUACAUGCACAGCCUCUCAAGUCAACCAGCAGGCUCGGCGUCUUUUCCAUCGCGUUUACUCUCCGUUUAUACAACCAACCUUCAGGUGCUUUUUAAACUCUUUAAGCUCUUUUUUACAGUGCGCUCACUUUCUGCAGAUCAAAAACAACACACAAUCAUCUGCCGGACACACAGUGGCCGGCUUUUCUGCUUCUUGUAAACAAAAAACAAACACAUGCAUACUGUGCUCUUUGCUGGUCGCCUGUUUUACGGUCAGGCUUCCCAGGCGCUGCAGGGUGAUUCUCCGCAUCGCUCGGUGCUCCCAACCCCUUCCCCUCCCAUCGCCGUCCCCCGCCCCCCAGGUGCUGCAUGUCAGUCAGUGUAAUCUCUGAUUCCAUGUUAGAUUAGGGAGUAUAAUUAUAAUAAUAAUAUGAUAAUAAUAAUUACAAUAAUAAUCUGUUAUUGUGUGUGUGUACUGUUCCAGGUUGGUGCUCAGUUCAGUUCAGUCUCGGCCUACAGAUUUAGGGGAGAGAGAGGCUAGAGAAAGCAUAUUUACAGUUAGUAUAGUGACUUGUGCUAUUGUACUCGAGAAUGCCAGGACAAAUAGUGGGAAAGAUGAGCUGUGCAAAAGUCUCAGACCAGAAAUGAGUUGAAACAAGCUAAAGAAAUAAAAUCAGAAGUCAACCAUGUGAAACAAGUGCUUUCCUGUCUCAUGAAAAGUCUACGGGUGUUUCCUCACCUGAAAGUCCAAUAGACUGUUUGAUUGGGGACCAAAAUUGCAACAUUUGUUACAUUUUUAGUUGAUGCGGUUCGCUUUCACUAGUUAAAAAAUCUGUUCCCCUCCUCGCCUGUAGUGGCGCUACACCAAGAACAACUGAAGGAAACAGCACAAAAUACCUCUGAAGAAGACACUGAGAGCAGCUUCCUUUUUCGUAAAAUGCAACCUAAAUUGGAGUAGCGUAUAAGACCACGACGCUUUUACUCAGCUAGUGCUGGACAAACGUUUGUUUCAGUUGUAUUUACCCAGAAUUCCCUGCGCUGUAGUUCACUUCCUGCUUUUGGAACUGUCUCCAGUCCACUUGGCUUUCAAACUGCACCAGAGCUCACUUCAACCAAACCGAGACCGGUUUUAGGCAGACAAAAGUUUGUUUAUUUUGGUCCGGUUUCACAUUCACAUCUCCCCAAACGAACCGGACGUUCUAGGCAAACGAACUCUAGUUCAAUUAAAGCAGACUAAAUAGGACUGGCGUGAAUGCACCCUAAAACAAAAAUAAAUCAAUCUUAUUUAAGUUGCAAUUAACUGAAUUAAGAGUUAAUUCCAACUCUUAUUUAAGUUGGAAUAAGAAGUGUUUAUGGCAUCACUUAAUUUUUUAGAACAAUUUAAGAGUAUACUAAAAUUUUAAUCCCAACAAACAUAAAUACUUUCUGUUUGUAGUUGAAUUAAGUAAAAACUUCAAAAUAGGCCAAUUAGAAAAUGACAUAUUGAACAAACAUUGAACUGUUUUUAUGUAUUUUUAACGUACCUUGCAGUACUUUACUGCAGCUCACAGGGAAGGAGUCGUCAAUCAGAAGCAGACUGGGAGUAAUCUGAAAGAUAACACUUUAUUUUAGACUCAGGAAGCACAAAUAUGUCAACAAUUUAUUCAUCUAACCUUAAGAGCUAUCAUGAUUAUUUUCAUAUUUUUUCUAAUAUGUCAUAAUUGUAUUAAAUGAAAGGACAGAUUAAAUUUUAGGUUGCUAUCCAUUCAUCAAAUUUAAAGUAAAAAAAAAAAAUACUAUCACUUAACAUCAAAUUUAGAGUGAUUACUGUGUUUUUCAGUCAUUGCCAAGUCCUCUAGUUAUCAAGAAUUUCUAUUAUUUAACUUUAACAAUUUUGUUUGCAAAAAAAAGAGUUAAUUUUAUAUAAAUUCUGCCUUGUGUUCUCAAUGUAGAGAAAUGUAACUUUAAAAAUAAGGCUUUUCUUUCUUUUUUUAUUAUUAGUUUUUGCUGUUGACCAUGUGAUAACUUCUUGUAGCUUCAUUUGUUAAGGAUAAUUGAAACCACAUGCUGAUGAUUAAAAGGAAUAUCUAAAAUCUUAAGAAGUAAAAUAGUAGUUAAAUCUUUCUUUAACAUCCUUUUUGACAAAUAAAUAAGUUUUCCACAUAAUGAGAUGCAACAAAAACCAAAAAGUACAUUCUGGUUCGCUAAAAACCCCCCAAAAAAAGUUUCAACACAUUUCUGUCUGAGAGCACAGGACGGUAAAAGUGAUUAGGAACCCAGUCGCUCUUUCUAAACGAUGGGUGACGCGGUGAUGAUGUUUCUGUUCGCCUAUCGACAGCUUGUAGGCUGAGUGAUGCGCUGUUUUCAACACAUACACUUUGCAAACAAACACAUUAGAAACACUUUGUUCAACAGAGCGACGUUCGCUCAGACACAUGCAACACCUACAAAUACAACGCUGCGGCGCAUGCAGACACUCAUCUCAUGGACUAAAUGAAAGAUGAGGAGCUUUUAGGAAAAGGAAGACCUGUUGGUGUUUCAAAAGGUGCUAAAAUUUUAUCAGAAAAAUAUAUUGUUAGGAGUAAAAUCAAAUUGGUCUUUACUAUGACUGUAUUUAAGUUGUAGUUGUAGAAAGACACUCUUAUGAUUUUACUCUUGUAUGAAUAUAAACUAAUUAAAAAGGAAUUUUAACUUUGUACUUGAACUAUGUAAAAUAUAUGUGAAUAAAAAAAACGACUGUUUCUUGUGA